AUGGCUCAACAUAACGUCAACGGCGUCAACGGCGUCAACGGCGCGACAGUCAAAACCCCACAGCUCGAUGCUGCUUACACGGUUCGAGAGAAACCCCUAGGAACGGCUCGACAUGUCCGUAUCGUUGGCAUUGGAGCCGGCGCCAGCGGGCUGAACAUGAUCCGGACACUGCGGCUCAACCUCAACAACUAUGAUGUCGUGGUAUACGAGAAGAAUGCCGACGUAGGAGGCACCUGGCUCGAGAACCGCUACCCCGGCUGCCGAUGCGAUGUCCCCAGCCACAGCUACCAGUUUUCCUGGCGACAGAAAAAGGACUGGACAAACUUCUUUGCGCCGGCCGACGAGAUUGGGGAAUACCUCUGUCGGGUUUGCGAUGAAGAAGGCAUGAGGGACUCGAUCAAGACGUCGCACCAGGUGGUUUCAGCACAGUGGAACGAGGAAGAUGGGCAAUGGCAGCUGACCAUCCGGGAUCUGGAGACGGGGGACGAGUUUAGCGACUACGCCAACUUCCUCGUGAACGGGACGGGCAUUCUGAACAACUGGAAGUGGCCUGAUGCCGAGGGUCUCGACGCCUUCGAAGGUACUCUGAUCCACACAGCUCGUUGGCCCAAGGACUUCGACCAUACUGGCAAGACAAUCGCUGUCAUUGGCAACGGUUCAACAGGAGUUCAGGUGCUACCGGAACUCCAACCAGAAAAACUCUACCACAUCUUCCGGACACCCACUUGGGUGGUCCCGCCCAGGAUACAGGCGUGGAAGAUCAUGGGCCAAGCCGGCGAAAUUCUGAGCAAGAUCGGGUUGGAUGCUAAGGAGAACUUUUCCGAAGAAACCAUCGAGAAGUUUAAGGCAGACCCAGAGUUCUAUCGGGAGUUUGUUAAGAAGAUCGAGGUGGAGGUUAACAAUGCCUUCCCGAUUGUUCUCGCAAACAGCCCGGUGCAAGCUUUCGCUCGCGGCAAGGUCGUGGAGUAUAUGACGGCUGUGCUCGGUGGAAACGAGGCGCUCUGCAAGGCGCUGAUCCCUGACUUCCCGCUUGGGUGCAGGAGAAUGACGCCAGGGCAUGGAUACCUCAUAGCUCUGACCAAGCCUAAUGUCGAGAUCAGGAGAUCCGGGGUGAAGCGGUUCGUGGCGGAGGGCAUCGAGCUCGACUCAGGCGAGAUUCUCAAAGUCGAUGCGAUCAUCUGCGCGACUGGCUUCGAGACGUCCUUCCGCCCUCGCUUCCCAAUCAUUGGCCGCGACGGGAACCUUCAGGAUCGGUGGGAGAAGGAAACGCCCAAGGCGUACAUGUCGUGCGCUGUCGCUGGAAUGCCCAACUACUUCACCUUCUUCGGCCCCAACGCACCUAUCGGCCACGGCAGCGUCUUCACCCUGUCGGAGCACAUCGCCAAGUACAUCACGGGCGUGAUCAAAAAGUGCCAGACCGAGGGCAUCAAGGCGAUUGCGCCGUCGCGCGAGGCCGUCGACGACUACUUUGAGCACGUCACCGCCUUCAUGCCGCGCACAACCUGGGCCGCGCCGGGCCGGUCGUGGUUCAAGAACGGCCGCGCCGACGGGCCCGUCACGGCCCUGCAUCCCGGCAGCCGCAUCCACUUCUUCCACAUGCUCGAGCGUUUCAGGGGCGAGGACUGGGAGUACGUCUACGAGGGCGGCGGGCGGAACAGGUUUGCCUAUUUAGGCAACGGUUUCUCGACCAAGGAGUUGACGCCUGGGGUUGAUUCGACUUGGUACCUUGACGAGCCUGCCACGGUGCGGUAG